AAAUUAUAAUUUCUAAUUUUUAUAGUUACUAUGAAAAUAUAGAUUGAUACUGAUAUUAUAAUUCGUUUUUAAUAUUUAAAAUAUAAAAAUUCAAUAAAUCAUAUUGAUAUUUUUUAUUUAAAAUAUGCUUUUUAUUCAAUAUUAUUAAAACAUUUUAAAUUAGAAUUAAAAAAAUUAUAAUGUGGUACAAUUUUCAUUUUGUCAGCCAUAUUGUUUUAAAAGCAUUGUAAAUGAAAAAUUUAUAUUUUCGAAAUCAUGAAAGAAAUGUUAACAAAUCAAACUGGUUCAGGAUAUAAUAAUUCUUUCGUUAAUAAUAAUAAUAAUAAUAAUGGAGAUUCCAAUAAUACAACUGAUAAUACAAGGAGAUAUGCUGUUCUCAGUACAGAUUGGAUAUCUUCAAUUGGAGAAGAACUUGGAAUGUAUCCCUUGCCAGAUUCUUUAUUAAAAAGACUUGCAGAAGAUGCCUCAUAUCGACUCAGAGAAGUUCUAUAUAAAUGCGUAACAAGAUUGAAACAUAGCAAAAGAAAACGUUUAACAUCUAUGGAUGUAAAUGCUGUAAUUACUAAUUUAUGUGAUGUAGAUCCAAUAUUAGGUGCACCAGAAUCUAUGCCAGAAUAUCAUACAGAAGCAAAAGUUUUUGUUCCUAAUGAACGUAUUGUUAAUUUAGUACAAAAAAUAAAUGAUCCAUUUAGUAUAUCACAAAACAAUGUACCUUUUAUUCAAGAAUCUGAAAUAUGUGAUAUGAGACUUACAGAAACACGAAAUAAUUAUGCAAAACGUGCAUUAAAAACAUUAUUCAAUGGAUCUCAAAAAACAUUUCAGGUUUUAAUUAAUGAUUGUUCUACUAAUGCUCAUUUGAGUGGAGAAGGUGUAAUAGACAAAUUAAUGUCUAUUGCUAGAUUUAUAAUAAUUUCAAAUAAUGUACAAUAUACAAGAGUAUCCACAAGGACAUGUCAACUUAUUAUUGCAAUUGCAAGCAAUGGUGAAGCUAUUUAUCCAUAUCAUUUAACUUCGGUCAACAAAUUAACUGAAUUGCUAUUGGAAUUACUUUUAGGGCAAAAUUUUAUAAAUCCAAAUCUUGAAGCACUUUUGAAAACAUGCAUAUUAAAAUUAAUGCUUCGAUGGCCUUCUACUGCUGAUAAAUACAUCCCUAUACUGGAGAAUGUGCUUUUAAAAGAAGAUAAAGAAAAUAUAGAUGGUAGUAAAAAAAAAAUAAUAGCUAUGGAACUGCUGGCUAGCAUUCAACCUUUAAUACUUUUUCAACAAGAGUUACAAUCUCCACUUUCAGUGCAUUCUGUUUUAAAAUAUGCCUUACCUAGUUCUAUUUUAUGGCAAAAAAUAGCUCUUACUAUUUGUGCUCUUUUAAAAUCACAAGCUCAUACUGUAGAUAUUGAAGUUUUCAUGGAACAUUAUGGAGAUUCUUUAUUACCAUAUUUACCAUUUCAAUAUAAGAGUACAAUAAAUGAAAAUAAAAAGCCAGCUCCUCUUCCUAUUACUAUUAAAAGUAAGAUAAAAUAUGUUAAUGUUAGGCCAGUAAUAAGUAAUCGGCUGUUAUGGGAUCGACAAACAGCAUUUCCUGAUUCUACAUUGCGAGGUCCACGUCGAGAAAUAAGAUUUGCAUUCGCUGGUGGACGACCGGUACCUCCAAGUAAUUUAAGACGUGUUAGUUUAAGAGCAAAUUAUCAAAUUUUAAGAAGCGAAUUACAAGCAACACUUGCUCUUGUAGCUUCACGAAGACUAUUAGUACUUAAAGAUAAAAAAAAAAGGCCUUUUAAUACUUAUAAUUUAUUAUAUGGUUAUUUAUAAAUUUAAACAUAGAUGUAUAUAAUUUAAAUAACAAUUUUAGAUUCAUAUUUGGAUUUUUUUUACAUAAACAAAAUUUUUUUAAAAAGAAUUUCAUUUUAUCAAAAUUCAUACGUAUAAAUAUAUUUUAACAUUUUCUCGUUAAAGCGAGAAAACGUAUCAUUUUUUAUUUAUAUUACAAUGCAUUCAUAUAUAGUUUAAUAUUUAUAAUUAUUUAUAAUAGUGGAUAUAUUUCUAUAUAUGAAUAUAUAUGAAUAUAUGUACAAUAUUUUCUGUAUAUUGCUAAAAAAUAUAAUAAGAUAAAUUAAUUAAUUUAUUUAUUUAACUAAUAAUAAGUAAAAGACUGAAAUAAUGACUGACUUAUUAAAAUAUUAAUUCUUUUUAUCAAAGACAAUCUUGUAAUCCUCGUGGUAAUUUGUUAUGUGGUAAUAUAUGUGAAUUAAUCAAACAUGUAGUUCGAAUAUGCAUCCUUAUUGGUAUCUGAAAUAAUUAUUUUUAGCAUUAGUAUUAUUUUUUAAUGCUAUUAUGAUUUUAAAACACAUACUGCAGCAAGUCGUCGUCGACUUAAAAUUCCAUUUUUAUAAAAAAGCGGAUAAGAAUCCAUUUGAAUGAGAUUAGUAUUUUCCUAAAAAGAAUAAAUAAAUUUUUAGAAUUUAUAUAUGAUAUAAUAUGAAUAUUUAAAAUUCAUUCAGAUAUCAAAUAAAAAUACUGUUUUAUGAUAUAUAGAACUUUCUUUUUCAUAAUUUUUUUUUGUAGAGUCUAUAUGAAUUAAAGAAAUAUGUAAUCCUAAAUAUUGUUUCAAUAAAUUAUUGUUGUUAUUA